AUGAUCGACAAAUAUUUUACCAAACUACCAAAAAAUUCAGAACCUUUAAAUUCAAAACCAAAGGAGAAAGUUGCUUUUGUUGAGAAAGAAAGUCUUGCAUCAGAUGAUGAUAUUAUUGGUGAUCCUGGACUGCGAAAACCAAUUGAUAGUUACCCAUUUGAAAUUAGAGAUUCAUUGAGGAGAAGAUACUUAGCUAAAGGCCCUUGUCAACCAGUUAGGCAUGAAUUUCCAUUCACUCUUAUUCGCGAAAAGAAUCGAAGGUUUCAAGUUGCUUGGUUCAAGGAUUAUGAAUGGUUAGAGUAUAGUGUAUCUAAAGACAAAUCUUAUUGUUUAUAUUGUUAUUUGUUUGCAAAUAACAAUAGAAGUGGGGGAAAUGUUUUUAUUGAGAUUGGUUUUAAUAACUGGAAAGAUGGAAGACGUGCAUUUGUCAAUCAUGAAGGAAGUCCUGGUAGCUCACAUAGUGGUUGUAGAAUGAAGGUCGAGCAAUAUCGUAAUCAAAGAGGGAAUGUGAAUCAGCUAUUGGCAAGACAAACUGUUGCUAUGGAAGAUGAUUAUCGCACUCGAUUGUCAACGGUUGUAAGUGUUGCUCGAAUACUUUUAGAGGAAGGUUUGCCUUUUAGAGGACAUGAUGAAUCUGCAGAGUCACUCCACCGAGGUAAUUUUCUAGAACAUAUUAGUUGGGUAUGCAAGCGAGAAGAAAAUGUAAAUAAAGUGAUGGGAAAGAAUGCUCCAGGAAAUAAUCAAUUGACUUCUCCUACGAUUCAAAGGGAUAUUAUUGAAUGUUGUGCAAUGGAAACGAGAAAGAUCAUAUUGAAUGAGCUAAGGGAGAAGAAGUUUGCUCUUUUGGUUGAUGAAGCCCGAGAUUGUUUAGUAAAGGAGCAAAUGUCUUUGGUGUUGAGAUUUGUUAAUGACAAAGGAAUGGUUUUGGAACGUUUUCUUGGAUUGGUUCAUGUGAAUGAGACUUCUGCAAAAGUUCUAAAAAAUGCUAUUGAUACUUUUUUUGCCAAGCAUGAUUUAUCACUUGCAAAACUCAGAGGGCAAGGUUACGAUGGAGCUGCAAACAUGAGCAAGAGUGUAGGUAAUUUCUUUGAAACAUUGUCAAUGAUAGUGAAUACAAUUGGAGCUUCGUGCAAAAGAAAGGAUUCUCUUCGAGAAAUACACAAUGAAGAAGUGUUGAAUCAAGUGGAGAUGGGUGAGAUUUCAACUGGAAGAGGUCAGAAUCAAGAAAUAAGUUUAGCUCGGUCAGGUGAUACACGUUGGGGUUCUCACUACACAACAAUAGUUAGACUUUUUGACAUGUGGAAUUCAGUUGAAAGAGUGUUGUUGGCAAUAAACAAACUAGGUGAAAGUCUUAAAAUCCGACAGUCUGCUGGGGGUGUAUUUGAUAAGAUGGAUUGUUUUCAAUUUGUUUUCAUUGGAAAGUUCAUAAUGAAGAUUUUGGGAAUUACAAAUACCCUAUCAAAGAUUCUGCAAGCAAGAGAUCAAAAUAUAGGAUAUGCACUCAAUAUGAUUAAUGUUGUUAAAAAUAAGUUGCAAGAAUUGAGGGAAGAUGGUUGGGAUAAUUUAUUGAAAGAAGUAACUGAAUUUUGUGAAGGACAUUCUAUUGAUGUGCCUAAUAUGGAGAAUUUUAUUCAUGGUCGAUCUCGAAAAAGGCUUAAGGGUGGAGAACCAAUGACAUAUCUUCAUCAUUUUCGGAUCGAUAUCUUCAUAAAGGUAAUUGAUGUUAUUGCAAUGGAAAUGGAUAAACACUUCACUGAGGCAAAUACAGAGCUACUUAGAUGUGUGAUGUGUUUGGAUCCUUCAAAUUCUUUUGCAAAUUUUGAUCAUGUCCGCUUAUUGCAACUAGCUAAGUUGUAUUCGGAUGAUUUUAGUUCCACUGAUAUAAUUGAGCUUGACCAUCAACUUCAAAAUUAUAUCUGUGAUAUGAGAUCAAAUAAGAUAUUCUCAAAUAUUUUCAAUCUUGGAGAUCUUGUAAAGAAGAUGGUGGAGAUAAAUUACCACACUUAUUUCCCUUUAGUCUACCGACUAAUCGAGUUAGCGUUGAUAUUGCCGGUUGGAACAGCUAGUGUGGAAAGAACUUUUUCGACGAUGAAUGUGGUGAAGACUGAUUUACACAACCGAUUAGGAGAUGACGUACUAUCAGACUGUUUGGUGUGUUACUUUGAGAAAGAAAUUUUUAGGAGUAUCGAUGAUGAAGUGAUUAUGCAAUCUCUUCAAAACUUGGCGUUUAGAAGAAACCAAUUGCGACCACUAAAAAUUCGUCGACCAAAUCCUUGUUAG